AAGAAAAGGACAGCCAUGUGGCUCAUUUGAGAGUUAACACUCAGAAAGUCUUUGAAGAAGGUAGAGACUAAGAAAUCUUCUGCAUCCAGUUUGCUUCUGUUUUCACGCCUGAUUUCACAGAGUAUGUAACUCCUGCCUUCUUACAAAGGAAUAUUACCUACACUACCAAUUAGACAGCCCGCCUCCAUUCUCAGCUAAAAUGUUGGCAGAAAGCAUUCUAAUUGGCAUUGCCUACAAAGAUGAACCAUCCAAGCCUCACCAAUGUCAGGCACUAAAAGCAGGUGGAGAAGAUCCUUGGCAAAAUCAGUUUAGAGAUGCAGAAGUAAACAGAGACUUCUGUUCAGAAUCCAAGAAGCAGGCCGCUGAGAAGAUGGUGGCAGCGUGUUGUGACCUGGAAAGAGGUCAAGAUGCUCACCAGAAGGCACCUAUGAAAGAAUGUAACAAUAUCCCUCAGUCGGAGCCUUGGUGCAUAUUGAGACAAGGGCAACACUGUGAACAUGAGCUGGAUCUGUAUAGAUCUUGGUCGAGCCAGAGCCUUUACCAGAAUUACCCUGAUCUGCAUAUCGCAGGAGAUCACAUAGCUGACCAUACAUGCGAUUCAGGUUGUAUCAUGGAGCAGACCUACAAUGAAUUGUCCGCUGGUCCUGUUUUGGUCUCAAAAGAUAUCCCGUUAGGGCAUUCCCCUGUAACUGAACUGCUGCAGAAAUCCAAGACCUGGUAUGGAGAAGAGAUUGGGGAGAAAAGCAUGACACUCCACAAGCAGCCCCUUUCAAACUCCAUGCUCAACAACUACAUGGAGGCAAAGAUUCAGGAACUCUAUAAGCAGUUUUUGGAAGAGAAGCUGACCAGGUGCGGUUCCAUAACGCACUUCCUGACAUCAAAUUUGCUGAUGAAUAAUAUCAGCGAGGUGAACUCCCAGCUGUCCCACGAAAAACAUGAUGACGCGUCCAAAGCAACACAGACUAUCUUGCACUCCUUAGCUCUGUUUGGUUUGCAAAACAGCAGUGAGUUUAGCACUCCGAAUUUACAAAUCUCAACAUCACUUUGCAAAAUGAAGACCUAAUGCAAUGUAGCAUGCAGCAUGACAAAUGCGCUGUUUCUAAAAUAACUCUUUGUUCAAGAAAUUAUCCUUUAAGGUGGCACAGGGCUCUUGCAGCAAAACCAGCAACAAACACCACUGCCUGUUUGGUGCCGAAUCUCCCUGGCCAUACAAGAUGAGUUUGUGCUGUAUGCAGAAAUUCGACACUGGGGUUUUCAAACAAAAAACAUUAAAACCUCUGCUUACUUAGGCUGCAAUCCAAUACACACUUACUGGACGUAAGUCCUCUUGAACCCAUUGGAGCCUACUUCUAAGUAGAUAUAUAUUGACUUGCAGCUUCCGCGUAUUAAUGGUUGUUUAUGGGCUGCUACAGACUUUCAAUACUAAAAAUGUCUGCUUUACACCCAGAGCCGGUGCCAGAGGGCAGCUAGGUUGGGCCCUGGCUGAGGGCCCCUGUGGCCCAGAGGGACCCCUAAAGGGCUCCUCCUUAGGGCGGGAGGGUGGUGUUCCUGUUCUGUGAUCUGCAGUAGUAUCAGAUCCUGCCACCCAACCCUGCUACAGAUCGCGAACCAGGCACCCCCUAAUAUAGCCAGGCUGCCCACACGCCCCACCUACCUCUUCCAUCAGUGUGAAUGCCGAGCACACUGUGCGCACAUGCCUGCCAUCACCCAAGAUGGAAUGUGUGCAAAAAUGCCACCAUCUUGGUUGAUGGCAAGCAUACGGGCUACAGGCGCAUGUCAUUCAUAAAAUAUGAGAAGUAAGUGGGGUGUGCGGAUGAGCUUAUUAGUCCCAUGCUGCCUGUAUCGGGGGGAGUUGGGCUAUGGCACCAAAGGCCCAGGGCAGGCUGGUGCCAAAGGGUUCAGUCAUGCCUGGCGCUGGCCCUGUUUACACCAUUUACUAUUAUUUAAAUCAGAUUUCUUAUCAUAGCAAAUAGGGUGAAGCUGCACAAAAUCUAGCUUCUGUGUUGGAUAUGUAUGUUGCUUCUAUUUAUAAUUAUGAUGAUUUACAUAGUAACAUGCACUGUGUUUUAGAGAAUACAAGAAAAUAGGGCCCUGUCCCAAUAUAGCUACAAUCUAAAAUUCAACCUCGGAGGAAGGAGAUGGAGGCAGGGGUAACUGGGAACAGUGAAGACUGGUCUGCUAGGGAUACUAGGGCACAGCCCUCUCAAUAAGAAUGUCAAGCAAUUUUUUAAAAAAAGAAAUCCCCCCCCAUAUCUUAAAGCCAUACACUCUUUCCUGUCCCACAAACAUUGUAUGCUUCUAUAUGAACUCAGAGAAGCUCUGCAAACAUUUCUGUCAAUCUACUGUUCUCUGGCCAAUCAGCUCUCUGCACCACUCAGGCAAUCCUAAUCCAAAAGUAUAGCUAUGGCAAGGAGGUCCCUCCUAUGUGUCUCUCUAAGCAGAUCAAACAUGUCACUGAUGUUUCCAAAGGAGUGCCUGCUUUUCAUCUUACUCAGCACAGCCAGUAUAGCAGAUUAGGGAGGAGUCUGCUUCAAAUACAGCCUGGUAGCCUCAGCCUAUAUCAGAAUCAUACAGUAGGUUGGUUCUGAGCAUGGUCAGAGCUGUUUCCCUGAAGCAUAUCUCUCCAUAAGUAACCAGAUAAGCAAGAUAAGAUAAGUGUUUUCUACGUGAAGGAGCUUUUGCUUUUAUUUCAUUUUUGGGACCUUGCUAGAGAGAGACACCAAGCACGCAAACAGUGACUCUCUUUCUAUAACAAAUAUCUAUUUUUUGCUUAACCAUUUUGCAUUUAUUUUUGUGAAAUGAGGAAUUGGGAGUGGGUGGUUUGUGAAUGUGUUGCAACAAACUCUGUAUUAACCAUUUCCCUGUGUUCACUCAUCUGUAAGAAAGGGUGGGAUAUACAUUCAGUAAAUAAAUAAAUAGCUGCAGCAUCUACUGGGUGGAGUAAGCCACAAGGAAUUCCAAGUUAUUUAAUUUCAUUUAAUAAAUUUGGAUAAUUUCAUUAUCCAAAAUAUUUUCCCCCCAGACUAUUUCCAGAAAAGGUGUGUGGAUCUGCUUCCAACAAGCCUUUCUCCUAGCUUGAGUUCAGAAAGGAAAAUGCAUGGUGCUAUUAUUUCUAGCUUGCUUUUGUGUGUGUUUUGUCAGUGAAUUUCUAUAAUGAAAUGUUUGGGCUCUAUGCAUCUCUGGAUAUGACUCUACAUCCUUUCUCAAACCUGGAAGAUAUUCUCCCUAAACUCAGACAUAAUGGAGGCUGAUUAUGAUCUAUCUGGUGUGGUGUACUUUGCACAUGAACAGAGAUUCUUACUUCAGAUAUUCAGGACUGAGCCAUGCAUUGCAAAUAUGUUGCUGCUAUAUUUUGAUGUGCCCUCCCUCAAAUGAAACCACUUUUUUUUGUGUGUGUAUCGGUUGAAAUACUUUGUUCUUUUACUUUACAGGAAAAAAAUGUUUUGGAUAAUGAAAAGUUAAAUUGAUUUUUUUGGGGGGGGGAGGAAAACUACAUUGUUAUAAGCCGCUCUGAGUCCUAUUGGAAAAAGGGCGGGGUAGUAAUAAAGUUUAUUAUUAUUAUUAUUAUUACAUGCAUCUGGAAGCAAGUGUUCCUCACUUGUAUAUAUACACUUGUAUAUAUGCAUACACACACACACACACACACAAUCCACCCCAUACUCACCAGCCUGGGAAAAGUUAUUUGCUUACUGUGUGGUAUUUGUUCUCAUGGUGCUACGUGUCUGUCCCUUGGCAGUGAGAUCUUUGCCAUUCUCACUGCUAUGCCAGGUUCUUGGGGAAAAAAUGUGGGCUGGGACUUUAGCUCCUUCAGGGGACACAAACAGUAGCAUUAUUAAUGGAAGGCAGAAAAUGGCUGGGUGGGUAAGAUACAUCCCCCUUUCUCACUAUAAAUUCCCCUGUCUAAUGCCAGUACAGCUUGCUAGUUCUUAGGAUUCACUGCAUUAAAAAAUAUAUAUAUCUUGAUUUCUAUCUGCAUUACAGGUUGUAGUGGUGUGUUCAUUUCACAUUUCCUAACUGUUGGUAUAGACAACCUCUCAGUCACAAUAUUGCUUUUAAUCAAUGUUUUGCUGUCUUUUUGUUUUAUGCUGGAUUUGUAUACUGCUGCCAUGACUCAUGUUCCUAUUUUGCAUUUUUAUUAUUUUUUUUAUUGAUUGUGUAUUUUUAUUGGUUUUAUUAUGUUUGUAAGCUGCCUUGAGCUCUGUUUUUAACUGUGGAAGGGAAGGAUAGAAAUCCUCUAAAUAAAUAAAUAUUCCAUAGUAUUGGAAAUAGAAUCUAGGCAUUUAAGACUGAAAAUGUAAGUUAAAAAAAAGAUUCCUCACAUCCUCCUCCAGGUUUUGAUAGUAAUCACUAGGCACAAAAACAAAACAACUGGACAAUGCAACCAUUAAUAUGUUUGAUUUGUAUAAUUAGCAAAUAGUUUGCAUGAUAUGCAAAUUAGCAAAUUAGCCUGCCCGUAUUUGUGGAACUGGAAUAUGGCAAGCCUACCAGUAGGGCAUGCAGCCCUUGGGCUGAAAAAUGUUCCCCAUCCCUGAGCUAGAGGCAAGACAAGUGGCCUGAGCAAGCUUGGCCACUUUGUUUCUGAGACCAAAGAGUGUUGACCAGGUGUUUUUUAUACAAAGGCACAUGAUCUUCUUUGGCCUAUCAGUACUUAUGAGACUUUCUCAAUCUGGUUACUCCUUUUGCAGGCUUCUCUGUGGGUAAGAGCUCAAGGCCAAACUACUUAAGGUUGCCAACUGUCUGGUUUUUGCCUGGAGACUCUGGAUUUUUGGGGUCCUCUCUGGGUCUCUGGGUCAGUCAGUCCGGACUCUCAGCUUUCAUUUUUUUUUAAAAAAGUAAGUUUCUAGGUGGUCUGGUUCAUGCGAUAUACACCAAAAAGUCAGCCCCUCCCCUCAACUUCUGUGAAAUAAUCUCUUAGCUGGCUGCUCUAACCCCACCCUUUCAGGUUUGUAGCCAAUAAGUGAAGACAGGGUUGUGAUUGACAAGGGAUUUCUGGGCCUCCAGGCAGCACCUAGACCCCAUUGCAAAGGUAGAAAACCUUUUGUUUUAUCCUGUUUGUCUGAAAAUCUCAUAAAUUGAGUAAGUAUGUAGCUUUCAGCAGUACCAAAAGUCUUUUUUUCUCUUGUGUGCAGGAGUCAAACAAGUUUAAAUUUUCCUGGGCUGUUGAAGAGGGCAAUGUUUUGAAAACCUUCCCAAUAUGAAGCUUUAAUCCAAUACUUGUUUUUUUAGGAAUAAUGCUGCAGUGCUAAUCCCACACACCUGGUAUAAACCCCAUUGAAUUCAAUAGGACUUACUUUUGAGUAGACAUAGUUAUGAUUGUGCUGUAAAUGAAUGAGACUUUUGAGCGAACAUAGCAAAGUUCUUGUGUUGUAAAUCUUUCUCUCCUGCUCCAAUCCUAUUUUUGAAGCAAUUAGGCAGGGCUUACAUAGGUAUCACUGCUUUUAUUAUGUAGGAAACUAAUACUGGUUUUUUUAAAAAAAUGUUCUGCAAUGAUCAAUUGGUUUUGACAAUAAACUAUUAUAUGGGGGUCUAUGUAUUUUUACAUCUCCAGUGUGUGUGUGUAUAUGGAAUCUUCCCAACAACUCUGUGAUGUAGGUUUGCUGAUUGGAAACCAAGGCAACUCACAAUAAGAAAUAAAUCAGUUUAAAAUCCAAUAACCAUAAAAAGCACAAACAGUUGCAAAACAGUUUAAAGUGGCAUGAUUCUGAAUUUUGGAUUGGGUGAGUGUUCCUUAUCACUUGAGGCUGCAGGUCU